AAUUUGUUCUCUCCUUUUUUUUCUUUUUUCUUUUUUUGUACUAUGUUUUUCCUUUCUUAAAUUCUCAGAUUUUUGACCAUUGCUUUUUUCUCUACGUCUCUCACUCACCCUUCCUGACUGUUACUUUUAAAUUCGUAACUAUCAAGUCUUGCAACUUUCCAGGUUUGCUUUUUAGCCCUUCCUUCUCCUCUUCUGCUUCUCAUUUUUAGUUUUUGAUAAUCAAAAACCGUUGCUCCUUUCUCUUCUCUUAAAUUCUCAUCUCUAGCUAAUCCGAUUUUGCAUUUUUCAUUUCAAAUACAAAGUGCAUUCUUUUUUUGAACUAUGAAAUUAUUAUUCUUUUAUUCUUCUCAUUUUUGGUUCUUCUUCAAUUUCUUUACUAAAGGACAUAUUGGACUUUGGAUGUCUAGGUUCUAGUAGCCUUGGCACAAUCCUCAUGACUUUGGUGAUAAAUACUCAGAACUUCUGUUUUGAAAAAUUCAAAGAGGAGGUAAAAGGAAAGUACUGAACAUGGGGUGUUCCACAUCAAAGCUAGAUGAUGAGGAGGUAGUUCAGCUUUGUAAGGAUCGAAAGCGUUUUAUUAAGCAAGCAAUAGAGCAGAGAACCCAACUCGCAUUAGUGCACAUAGCCUAUAUCGAGUCCUUGAAAAGGGUAUCGGCGGCUCUUCGUGAUUAUGUUGAAGGUGAUAAGUCCCCGACGAUCUCAUUAGAAUCAUCAUUCAUUACGCCACCACUCAGGAUAGGAAGUUCUCGGUUCAAUAUCUCAGUUUCGUCCGUGUCCUUCUCACCUCCUGUUAUUCAAUCUAAGCCAACGUUAAGGGUGAAUUACUUAAGGUCAGGUGGUGCUCCAGCAGUUUCAGUUGAGGAGAGGCCUCAACCACCGCAAACAAUUUUUCGAGUUGAAACUUACUCGCCAGUGCAACGUUAUGGCAAUGAUGGGUUCUUUGCUGGGCAGUCCUCACCGAUGAAUCCUUCAUACUUCUCUUAUUCCCCAUAUGAUAGACCCAACAUGCUUCCCCCUUCACCUCAAACAUCACAGUGGGAUCACUUUUGGAAUCCUUUUUCUUCACUAGACUAUUUUGUCUAUCCAACACAAAGCAGUUUUGAUCAGGUUGUGGUGGAUGAUGAAGUUAGGGGACUAAGACAGGUUAGGGAGGAAGAAGGGAUUCCUGAUUUAGAAGAAGAUGAGACGGAGAAAGAAGAAACUGAGAGUAUGGAUGAUGUGGUAGAAGAAAGAACUAAGAAUGAAUCCAAUUGCUGUAAAGACGAUGUUCUGGUUGAAGAUGAUGAUGAUGAUGAUGAGGAUGAGGAGGAUACAGAGAGCGGAUCUGAAAAUGACCAUGAAGUAGAAGAAUUACAAUCAGAAGGGAGAACAACCAGAGAAAUAUCACAUGCUCAAACGGUAGGGCAAGUUGAAGUCAGUAACAAGGAAAUGGCAGUUGGCGAUGAUGAAGCCACAAAAGAGACACCAGGUUUUACUGUUUAUGUAAACCAGAGGCCAACAAGCAUGACAGAAGUUAUCAAUGAUCUUGACGCUCAAUUCGUGAAGGUUUGUGAUGCUGCCAAUGUAGUCUCAGAAUUAUUAGAGAGCAGCAAGGCUCAGUACACCAAGCCAUCAAAUGAACUUUCAGCCACAAAAAUGUUGAAUCCAGCAGCUUUAAUACGCUCAGCUUCGUCUCGCUCAACAUCAUCUAGAUUCCUAAUCAAUUCUUCUAAUUCAAAAGAGGAUGGCUAUGAAAAUGGCACUGACUUCUCUGAUGAAUCCUGCAUGUUUCCUGGUAGUCAUCAAGCAACCUUGGACAGAUUAUAUAUGUGGGAGAAGAAACUCUACGACGAAGUCAGGUCGGGAGAAAAGGUUCGAAUCGUGUAUGAGAAGAAAUACAAGCAGCUAAGAAACCAAGAUGUUAAAGGAGAAGACCCAUUUGCAAUCGAUAAAACAAGGAUGGCAAUUAGAAAUCUGGAUACCCAGACAAAAGUUUCGUUACAGUCAGUUGAAACCAUUACUAAGAGAAUUGAAGCCUUAAGGGAUGAAGAAUUGCAGCCUCAACUUCUGGAAUUGUUACAAGGGUUUGCUAGGAUGUGGAAAGAGAUGGCGGAGUGUCACCAGACACAAAAACGGACCUUAGAUGAAGCCAAGAUUUUACUAGCAGGUACACCUUCCAAACAGGAAGCAAUAAGACGCUCUUCCAUCUCAGUAACUGAACCUCACAGGCUAGCCAGAUUAGCUGCAAAUCUUGAAUCUGGGCUAAGAAACUGGAGAGCCUGUUUCAAGUCAUGGAUCACUUCUCAGCGAUCCUAUGUGCAUGCGCUAACUGGUUGGCUCCUUCGCUGCUUUAGGUUUGAACCUGAUAUUUCCAAGUUACCAUUUUCUCCACGUCGUUCUAGUGGGACCCUUCCAGCGUUUGGACUAUGCAUCCAAUGGUCAAGAUUUCUCGAUUCCAUCCAUGAGAUGCCAGUGCUUGAGGGGAUAGAUUUUUUUGCAGCUGGCAUGAGCUCUCUACAUGCACAGCAGCUAAAGGAUGACGGUCACCAUGCCCCAAUUGGGUCAAAGAGGUUCUCAGAGGAAUCCCUAGGGAAAAUGGACUUGGUAGAAGGCCAUCAGGUAGACGAGGUUAUGACUGAAGAGAAGCCGGCCGAAGUUGCAAUAUGGGUACUCUGUGCUGGAAUGUCAGUAGCUAUGAAUUCACUGAGUGAGUUUUCUACUGCUUCUGCUGAGGGUUAUGACGAACUUGUUAACCAAUGGGCGAGUGCCGAGCGGCCAUGUAAUUCCAGUGGUUCUGGUACAUAACCCAUACUCUUAUAUUAGAUAGUUGUAACGGGCAUCUGUAAUUAUAAACAUAGCCUACCAUGACAAGGUAAUGCAAACUGUAGGGCUACUCAUGUAGUUUUGCUUCAUUUGGGUGCAAAAGAGAGAAAUUCAUUAAAAGGGACCAAGGAAGAAUGCUUCAUGCAAAAGUAAAAAGCAGCAGCACCA